ACGUCGUUGUUAUUUGCAAUUGCGUUAUAGUAGUUUUCUAGCACUGGGCUCUGUGUGUUGAUCGAAAAAAUGGAGAGGUGUAUGUUGCCCACUUGGCAUUGGGGCCGAACGAAUCCGGAGGUGGAUCAUCGUGUUGUUCUAACUCUAGCGUGAUGAGUGCUAAUGCACACAAGGCGAAGGUUAGGAUAGACAAGCUACGUAAGGUAGCAGAAGGAGGUCUCUGUCGAAAAAACAAUUCUUUGGAUAAUAAAUAUACUCCUUCUUCGCAGUUUGUUAUCCUCGAGAGAGUUAAAGAAAAACUUGGUACUGGAAAUUACGAUUUAUUUUUUAAUAACUGCGAGCACUUUGUGACACAUUGCAGAUAUGGAAUACCUGAAAGCCAGCAGAUGGAGGAAGUGGGAGACGGGAUACUUUUAGCGACAGCACUUAUAGCAGCGGGAGUCGGAACUUCAGCUUUGCUAUGUGGCUUAAAAAAUCUUUUCUCUUAA